AUGUCAUCCGCUCUUCAACCACAAAUUUCUGGGGUUUCCGGAAACUCCGCUCUCUUGGGCCGCAAUGAGAGCUAUUCCAACCAGUACGCUCUCCAACGGGGCAGCCAGUUUCCAUCAAUAUCGAGUUUGAGCGACACGUUGCGAAUCCCUCCAUACACCAGUACCCCACGAGCCCUCGACAACACGUUUGAUCGCUCCCACAAUCUGAUGUUUGGACAGGCGGGCAGCUUGUACUUGGAUCCUCCACAACGCUUACCACAACCGGUAGCAGAUGCACCUUCUUUUCACGAGACGAGUAUACUUCUCCCGAUUGUCGCAGGCAGCCAAGCGAUCAAGCCGGAAAUCCAUGCCAAAAUCCACAAGGGCUUCUUUCAAGUUGAUGACAAAUGGACAUGCUAUCGGCGGAAUUAUUUCUCGGUCUCUUGCUCGUUCUCAUUGCACCCGUGGACACUCGCUCCUCUCUAUCUCAAGGUCUCCGAUCGAGCCACCGAGCGGACCGAGCGCAUCCUCAAGUUUUCCAUGUGCAUCUCUGCAGUGGUGAAUGCCAACCACGGGGAGAUCCGCGAGUUGGUACAGCAUACGCCCAAACGUGACAAACAAUCCGAGAGAAAGCCAGGGAAAGUGAUUCUACAACCUUGUCAGCCAACCCCGCUGGGUCUCAACCACGCCCACGCUGCAGCCUCCAAUAGCAGCCAGCAUGCGUUUGCAAUGGCCUCUCACUCCGCCGGCUUAUCGAUGGACUAUGGUUCUUCCUACACGGGCGCCGCCCCUCCGCCGUCGCAACCACCGACACAACACACAUUCGAGCGCAUCCAAUUCCAAAAGGCGACUGCCAAUAACGGCAAACGGCGGGCGCAGCAGCAGUACUACAAUCUGGUCGUCGAACUCUAUGCGGAGGUUACGAGCCCCAACGGCGGAAGCGAGACACAGUGGUUGAAGGUUGCCCGAAGGCUAUCACAUCCCAUGGUGGUCCGUGGUCGCUCUCCUGGCCACUACAAAGACGGCCGGCGGGACAGCUCGACGAGCAUGGGGCCCGAUGGAGGGACCGGUGGCUUUGGGGACGGCGGUGUUCAUCCAGGGCUCGGGCCAACAACGAGAUCACACAUGACGCUGAUGUUUGACCCAGCUCAGCGUGGAGGCGCUCAUUAUGGCCGAACGGAUUAUCAUCACAUGACCGAGCAGUCUCCACUAGGUGGGAGUCCGCACAUACCGUCUUCCGCGUCGUCUACAUUUGAUAUCGGGAUUCUCAAUGAGUCCAUGGACCCGAUGAACACGAUUAAAAGCACGACAAGCAUGGAGAUGUACCCGGACGCCUCGUUUGCUUUGAUCGAUAGGAAGCCCGAAGGCCUUUUCCGCACACAAUUGGCACCAUUCGAGUAUGAUACACUCUCUCGGGGUAGUGAGGAGUCUGGCCACAGCUAUCCCGAGUCCUUCGAUUCCAUGACCUCACUGUUUCCAAGUGAGGCGAGUGAAGCUUCCCACAUCCUAAAACAUCCUCCUCGAUUGACACCCCAUUUGCACCAUAUUCCUAGUUCGAGUGACUAUGACCCUCUCCUUUCUUCUCGCUCCAACAAUGAUGGCUCCUAUAGUCGGUUCUCGAAUUCGCAGGGUUUAUGCGCUUAG